CGAACAUAAACAGAGACCGUACUAAUUGAUGGCAAUGUAGACAAUGCAUUUAUGGACACCUACCGUUACAUUUACUCUGAGUCAUCAAAAACUCUUAUAAACAAUCUAAUCUUGAUUUAUGCAGAUUUAUUGAGGAAUUAGUUGAAGCCAUGGUUGGAGCAGAAAUUGUCACAAUGAACAGUUAUUUUCCCAGUGCUUCAAGGGAGAAUUCAAUAUCAACAUCUGGAUUAAUUCUGUUUCAACAGUUUCAACAACACAAAAUUUCAUGUCAAAGUGAUAAAUAAUUAGCAUAGAAUAUGAUUAUUGCCGCUGGAGAUAAGAUAAGAACAAUGAGUAGGUAACUAUCAAUUAUUCUACCUUACUCCUGUUUUAAUAAUGUGGGCAUAUUGCAAAAUGGUUUUGCAAUAUAAUGAGGUUAAACAGUGAAUAAAUGAUAGGUCUUCAGUACAAUGACUUAUAAAUUAUAACUCAAUAAAUUAUACCAUGGAAGAACCAGAAUUGUCUAGAAAAAGUACAACCCGAUCCUCCGUAAAAAAACUCAAACGACCUACUUCAAUAUUUCACAGGAAAAACAGUGACCCCAGUGCAACAAUCUCGUAUCCAACAAAUUUUGAGAAAAAAGAAUUAACUGCAGGCGAUCUGUCGCCCCAUGUGUCCAUCAAGGAGUGUCCUUUUGACGUCACCGGAUAUGGUAACUUGAUUUUGAGGAACAAAUUCAAAUUGAAGACGCCCGUCAAGAAGAAAAAUGUGAUGGCGUUCAUGUUCGAAAGAAUAAUCAUCUUGACAAUCGAGGAAGAAGCUAACUCAUAUUAUUAUUUAGCAUGUAUUAAAAUUAAGGAUUUGAGUUUGCCACCUUCAACUAAAAAGACAGUUUUGAUUUUGAUUGAUUUCAACAAGAACAGAGUGGCAAAUAGGCAUGUAGAAUAUAAAUUGAAGACAAAAGAUGAAGAAACUGUUAGGCUUUGGAAGGAAGCUAUUCAGAAAUUACUUUGGAAUGAUUUAUACGAGGCCAGAGAUAAGUGCCUUAAGAACUUAGAAAACCGAUGACAAAACAUUCAAUUACCUUUUAAAAAUUGUAAAUAUAUAUGUGUAUAAUAAAUUAUUUUAGGGAUAAGUAUAUUUUCAUAAAAUAAACUGAAAUAUCAUUUUUAUUCAAUUUAUUUCUCAUAAGCUAUAAUAUAUAACAUAAAACUUGCACUUUUGAAAGACUACCAGUACUGUCAUAAUGAAUAAGUAAAUAUAUAUAUUUAUGUAUAAAAAAAUUAUAAUAAUAAUAAAAUCGCAUUGAGGAUAACUCAAUCAUUGUAACAACAAAAAUUAUUCAUGAACACAACAUGGACGGGUUGAAAUGAGUGAUUAAAACUAGAUGACAGUGAUGAAAAAUAAAAAGUUUUUUUACUGAAAUAAACUUGUGAUGUAGUGGUCAAUCAAAUCUCAUAUCGAAUUGAUAUUACUCAAGGUGUAUAAUUUUAAUUCUCAAAUUUCAGUCGGAAAAACCUCUCCGCCUGAAUCACUUUUGAAAGUAAAAAAAUCAUGACGCACAUGUUGAUCGAAUAUUAGUUCAUUUCACGACUUAUUAGUGGGUGCCUCCAAAUAAUUGGAAAAUUGAAAAAUAAGUCCAAAAAUAUCAAUAUAAAAUAUCAAUUCAUAGAUUUUUGUAUACCUCUACCUAUCUAAUCUAAAAAAUCAAAGGUAAGCAAGCCUUUAGUUAACUUACUUUACCUUAUUUCAAUAGUACGGAUUUAACUCCAAUUCGUUUAGUACGAUCUAACUCAGAAUUAUCAAUCAAAUAAACAUGGAAACGAUUUCGACAUUAGUCUCAGAACAUAACAUCUGAAUUAGUUUCAGAAUCAUUUGAGUAGGUAUAUUUACAAUCCUCAAAUAUAAAUAUUAAGUGUGCAUACUUGAUUUAAAAGUAAUAACCGUUAAUUAACGCUUUUGUUGUGCAGUCCGAUACUCACAUGAAAGCAGCAUGAACAAAAACCUGAUUAAUGUUUCGAUGUAGGUAGUAUUUUUCAUCAUUCAUAAGAUGAACAUAUUCAUUCUGAAUGUAAAAAAAUAUAUAUUUAUAAUUACUCAAAUAUUUGAGACGAGCGUUGUGCAAAAUUAAUGUUCAGUCAUGGAUUCUGAAGCCAGUGCGAAGUAUUUCACUAAGUGAUUUGGAAUCUAUCGCAUUAGAAUUCGUUUAUUUACCUAACCCAGCCUAACUACGGUUUAGACUUAGACCACUUCUAUCACACUACUUCAAAUAUACAAACUGUUGGUAUAUUGCUACCAAUGUGCUGUAACAAUGGAGACAGUUCUGACAAGAAAAUUUAAGAUUAUUCCAAACUUACCUAUGUCACUAAAUAAUGAGAUGAUAGAAAAAAAAUGCCGUUUUUAUAUUAUGUGCAUCCGUGCAAAUUUCGGCAGUAAUAUCAGGUAGAAAAUAACUUGAAAAAUAUAUAUCUGCAAAAUUCAACAGCGGUCGCACAAUAGACAUAACACUAGGGAAUUAUAUUUCGCCACUAAAAAUACCAUUAAAAUGGAUAUUUCUGUGACAAUAUUAUCUAGUAUAUCCAAUUGACAGGCACCCACUGAUGUUCAGUAGUCAAGGAAUCGAGUGCUUCUACAAUUUCCCUGAAAGUCGUAUCGAAAUCAUUGUUUGGAAUCACCAUGUCUAUGUACUUGUCAUAAGUCCUCUGCAAACUCGCGCUUUCCUCCAGAGCUCUCUUCAGAUCUUCUUC